AUGAGUUUUACUUCAAUUAAGCUUGCUUUGCUGGUCGGAAUCUGCGGUGCAAUCCCCCGCAAGGCGGACGGCACAGAGAUUGUCCUCGGCGACGUGAUGAUCAGUGAGAUCCUUGUCGAGUUGGAUUAUGGUCGACAGUACCCCAACAGUUUUAAAAGAAAGAACACCAUCCUGGACACUCACGGGCGGCUAAAUGAAGAUGUGUGGGGACUACUACAACGUUGGAAAACAGCCUUUCACUUAAAAUAUUUUCAAGAGAAAACAAUGGAGCAUCUCAAAGCUCUUUUACAGCACCCAGACUCCAUGGCAAAAUACCCUGGCGCAACUGAGGACAAGCUCUUUGAGCCCGAUUAUAUACACAGCCACCAUUUUGGCUGCUGGGUGUGCAAUAUGUCUGGGGUACCAGGCUCAGUAUGCGAAGCAUCUGUAACAGCUACCUGCGACGAGCUUCAAUGCGAUGAGAACAGAUUAGAGCCGCGUACCCGGCUGCGCGAAAGAGAUGCAGAACUCGAGAUUCCGACUCCGCUAAUACAUUUUGGCUCGAUCGGAUGUGCGGACACAGUUCAGAAGUCAGCGGAGCAUAGGGACCAGCAUGCAAAGUCAGAAGGUGUGAUAGCGUUCGAGAUGGAAGGGGCUGGGGUCUGGGACAAGUUCAACUGCUUGAUCAUCAAAGGCGUGUGUGACUACGCCGACAGUCACAAGAAUAAGAAAUGGCAGGACUAUGCAGCCGCAGUUGCUGCUUCAGUUGCGAAGGAGGUUUUGGCGCAGUACGUAUCUCACGACCAACCAUCACAGCCAGGAACGCCGAAUGGCAGCUCCGGAUAUUCUACACAACCUUCCAUUGUCUCUCGUAGUCGACUAGAUCUUCAAAUGGUCCCCGACUCGCUUCCCAAAGAUAUGUUUCAUAGAGUUACAAAGCACUUUGAAGAGGGACUCGAAAAGGAGCAGCUGGACGCCUUCAAGGCCACAGACCUUCGUGCUUUGAAGAAAGAGCUGAAGAAGAUUCAGGAUGAACAAGGACAAUCGCACUCACUGCGAAAUCUUCGUCGUAUCGAGCGCUUUAUUCAAGCGAUGGAACAGAUUGGAACCGUUCUGGAGGAUAUCCUAGGCACCAGCAAAGAUAUGUCUCUUAUUUGGGGUCCAGUGAAGGCCUUACUGCAGGCAGCAAAGGGUAAUGUGGAUCUAUUCGACACGCUUCUGGCAGCCUACGAAGGUAUUGGUGACCAGCUGCCAAUGCUUGGAGCCUAUCGUGAGUUCUUCAAGAGCUAUGUCGGCUUGCAGCGAAUAUUGGCAAGAACUUUUGCUCUUAUUCUGGAAUUCCAUGAGAAUGCAAUUAUAUUAUACUCCGGGAGAGCUCUAAGAACCGUAUUUCGACCACUAUGGAAAGACUUCGAAGCAAUAUUUGUUCUCAUUUUGGGCGAAAUUGGCUCCCAUAGGACACUGAUCGAAGAUAAGACCAUGGCCUUAUACAGCCACCCGGGAUACUAUCCUAUGGAUGCGCAAGAAAUCCGAAACCACCUCGAGAGCACUAGCAACAACAUGCACUUGUCCAAGGAGAAGCAGAAAAUAGUACGAGAGAAGAUGUAUGAUGAGGUCAGAUGCUGGAUUGCAGGCGCUGCAGGGGUUUCAGGCGUCGAAGAUGUUGCAGACGCUAAAGGCGCCGAGACUGAGAGUGAUCACAACAACAUCUGCCGUGACCGAAGCUUUUACCCAGGUAGCGGUAAAACAUAUCUAGCAUCGGUCAUAAUUGAGGCCUGCCUGGGGGACUCCUCUUCACUUACAUGCUACUUCUACUGCAAGGAAAAAGUGAAGUCGAGAAACUCUGCGAUUGCAGUGCUCCGUGGUAUUCUCUUGCAACUUGCGCGCCAGCACCGCGAAUUGAUCCCUUAUUGCCACGCGAAGAUCAAGAGCUCGGGAAGCCUCAUGUUAUCGGAUCUGUCCACAGCACAUGGUAUUCUGGAGGUGUUUUGUGAACGGAUUUCUCGAUUAAACGUGGUCAUAGACGGCGUGGACGAGUGUGAAGAACAAAGAAAGGAUCCGAUUGACACAUUUAGGAUUUUGGUCCGGAAAAACGAAAUCUAUUCGAAAGGGAAACUUCGCGUCCUCUUUCUAAGUCGUCCCAUGAAUGAAGUCAAAAAUGCAUUACCGGAGGCUGAGAUGCUUGCGCUGGAACCGGAGCACAACAGGCAAGACAUCCAAAAGUAUUGUGAGUGCAGAAAACGCGAGUUCCAGAAGUUUGGAUUUGGCAACGAGUACCUCAAAGAUGUUGUGCAAGUUAUAUGUACAAGAGCAGAUGGAAUGUUUCUGUUCGCUAAGCUGGUCAUGAACAAUUUGAAAGAGCAACCAACCAAGGAAGACUUUCGCACUGAGACCACCGCUGCAAUAUUACCCAGUGAGAUCGACCAAGCAUAUGUCCGAAUCAUGGAGCGCCUCAAGCGUGACCUCGGUUCAAAACAAUAUGAAUAUACGGAAUUAUUGCUCGGUUGGUUAGUAUGCUCGAAAAGGCCUCUGAAGUGGACAGAGAUACAAGUGGCAUUAUCCACCGAUAUCAAGACAUGGGGUCGUUCGAGUGAAGUCAAUCCCGACCGCAGACUAGAAGACGAUGUUCAAGAAUUGUGCGGAUCUCUUGUUCAGGUUCUCAAGGGUAACCGAAUCGAGCUUGUCCACAGCACAGCUAGACUGUUCAUAAUCCAGAAAAGCAAUAUACGAAUAUCUGCAGCGGAGUGCGACCUCGCUCUUCGUUGCCUGCGGUAUCUUAGCCUUGAUAUCUUUAGGCCUGAUGUUUCCGCCUCAAGACUCCGGGAGAAUGCUUCGAGUGGUGACUUUGCCUUCCAAGACUACGCGGUGGCAGCCUGGUUUCUACAUAUAGGGACAUUGAUUGAGAAGAAACAUGAUUUCCUGGAAGAGGGAAUGAACGGCCAAGACCGAGUUGCAAGAAUAUCCCGAGAAUUCGAGCAUUUCGUGGGCUUCUAUCAAGCAAGCUUUUCAGUAGAUGGCAGCAGCAUUCUGGAGCAAGUGUGGAUAGAUUGUGCAUUCUUUCAACAGUACCCCUUUUAUUACAACCUUGUCAGAAUCUGGAAUCAUAUCUGCUGCAGCCAAAGGGGAGACUUGGAAUCACGCAACAAUGUGAGCAUUCCUUUGCUCAAGGAAACGCUAGCUCGCAACCGAAAACUGCUGGAAGAUCUAAGCACAGAUGAUACAGUUGUUCUAUCCAGGCUCUAUGAUGAGUACCCCUUCCGCUGUCCCAAGGUAUUGUGCUUCUAUUUCCACGAGGGUUUCAAAAAUGCGAUAGCCCGCGACAAGCAUGACGACCAUCACAACCGACCAUUCCGUUGCACAGUAGAGAACUGUACAAUGAAUGGGAUGGGAUUUGCCAAGAAAAGCCGACUCACGGCACACAUGAAGAGAUUUCACCCCGAGGAGGGCGACCUGGGCGAAACGUUCACACCUUAUGAGCGGAAGAGGCCAGUAGGUGCCCGUUAUGAAUGUCCUAUUUGCGGACAGCGCCUCGCGAGGAAGAAUAUCCUGCAGGAUCACAAGAGAAUCCAUACCGGAGAGAAACCAUUUCGGUGCUCUGAGUGUGGCAAGGGGUUUGCGAGGAGUAAUGACAAGAAACGACAUGAAAAGAUCCAUGAGAAACGGCGAAGAUAG